GGUUCCGCCGCGCCGCGGCACGAGCCGAGCGGGCCGGGCCGGGCUCGGCCGCCGCAGAGCCCGGAGUAGAGUCGGGCCGGGCCGAACCGGGCAGAGCCGAGCCGAGAGUCCUCGGAAGGGCUGCCGCGUCCAGCUGUCUUCCUACUACCGGACUGCAAGCGGUAGAGGGAGGUUUCUCUCGUUCUAUUUUUUAUUUUUUAUUUUUUUUUCUUUCUCCAUCCCUUGCAACACAACAAAACGAAAAGAAAAAAGAAAAAAAAAAAAGGGAGGGGGGAGGAAGAAAGGGGUAGGAAGAAGUGAAGAGAUCCCCUCCGCUUGCCAAAGUCUUUGUCUCCGGAUGAACAGCGAUGGGGGAAUGGACUAUUCUAGAGAGGCUACUGGAAGCUGCCGUGCAGCAGCACUCUACUAUGAUAGGGAGGAUCCUGCUGACCGUGGUGGUGAUCUUCAGGAUCCUCAUUGUGGCCAUUGUAGGGGAGACGGUGUACGAUGACGAGCAAACUAUGUUUGUCUGUAAUACGCUGCAGCCAGGCUGCAAUCAGGCUUGUUACGACCAAGCUUUCCCUAUUUCUCACAUAAGGUACUGGGUGUUCCAGAUCAUCAUGGUGUGCACUCCCAGCCUGUGCUUCAUAACGUACUCUGUUCACCAGUCUGCUAAGCAGAGGGAACGGAGGUACUCCACUGUCUUCCUCACCUUGGAGAGAGACCAGGAUUCAAUGAAGCGUGAGGACAGUAAGAAAAUCAAGAACACGAUUGUCAAUGGGGUGCUGCAGAACACUGAGAACUCCACCAAAGAGGCAGAACCAGACUGCUUAGAAGUGAAGGAGAUCCCCAAUCCUGCGAUCAGAACUACAAAAUCAAAGAUGAGGAGGCAAGAAGGCAUUUCUCGAUUUUAUAUCAUCCAAGUGGUCUUUCGAAAUGCCCUAGAGAUUGGAUUCUUAGUCGGGCAGUAUUUUCUGUAUGGAUUCAAUGUCCCUUCCAUGUACGAAUGUGACAGAUACCCUUGCAUUAAAGAAGUAGAGUGCUAUGUCUCUAGACCCACUGAGAAGACUGUGUUCUUGGUGUUCAUGUUUGCUGUCAGUGGCAUAUGUGUGGUGCUCAAUUUGGCAGAACUGAACCACUUGGGCUGGAGAAAGAUCAAAAUGGCAGUGAGAGGAGUACAGGCAAAAAGGAAAUCCAUAUACGAAAUCAGAAAUAAGGACCUGCCAAGAAUGAGCAUGCCUAACUUUGGCAGGACUCAGUCAAGUGACUCAGCUUAUGUGUGAGGCUGUGACAGAACUGAAACUUGGUGCCAGGUGGAACAGACCCAGACACCAUUAGAGAAAGGUACAUUGCUUAGGCAAGCAUUUUAUCAAACCACCAAGAAAGCCAUUAAGGUAUUGGAUCUGCACUUACUGAACUAGCUGCAAAAAUGCAGUGCUAUGUAAAAGACUGAAAACAAACAAACAAACAAACAAAAAGACAAAAAACAGCUAUAAAACCAUGCUUGAUCUAGCCUUACAGCUACUAUUAUUGCUAAUUUUCUUUCUAAAGAUUGGAUGCUAUCUGUUGGUGGAGCGGCUUUUUGGUCAUCAUUAGGAUGAGUUUAAAGUUCGGACUGUCUGACUUAUCUUUGUAAACAUGUAGAAUGUUCAUAUUAAAAAUCUGCAAGGAUACUCUAUAUGGGGUGGGAUGGGGUGGGAGAAACUGUUGCGACGCGCAGAUGUAAGCAUGUUUUAAAAGGAGGGUAAUUGCACUGUGACCACAGCUCAAUCAGGACAUCUGCUCUCACCUAUUUCACGGAUGUCUGAUGUUAUUUUGCUUGUCUACAUCACAGAGUUUAUUCCUGGUGUGUAUUACUAGCUAUUUUCUAACAUAGUUUGUGCAUCAUCUAGUUAUGCUAAACAAUAAAUGCUGAAUAUAAUUUUGCCAUUUAUUGUUUGUCUAUCCACACACACACCAGAGACCUUAAUCAUCUUAUGUUAGUUGUGAUCUACAAAAUAUAUCAGUACAUUUCAGUUCAUUACCUGAUAUGUGCACGAAUAAGAUGGAGUUGGUUCAUGCUGGCCAAGUUACGUACUUACCUACAGUUACCUACGGUGACACCCAUACCAAAGGAACAGAGUUCAUUGCUUUUAACUGUGAUUAUAUCACCUUCUCUCUGCUCUUAUUUAUAUAAGUGCCAUACUUGAAACAUCCAACUCUGUACUUAAUCAGAAGGUUAUCUUGGAAUACCAGCUGGAAUAAAGUGAUUUUAUACUCUCCUUUGUUAA